AUGCCACAGAAUAGACAUGGGAGACAAAAUCCUGCCAGAUCUCCUGGUUUAUGUUUAAUUGCCAUUUUUUCUGCUGGAUUCAUUUAUGGUCGAGGUAUCGAUUUAGUCGUGAUUUAUUUUCAUAAGCGUCUCUUAUCAUUGAGAAAAGCCUAUCGUCCUCGUCGUAUCAUUCUCAUACGUCACGGUGAAUCACAAGGCAAUGUUGACCACCAAGUUUAUGCCACAGUACCCGACAGUCAAUUGGAAUUGACGGCCAAAGGCCGCGCACAAGCCGUGGACGCUGGCAAACGGUUGAAAAAAAUCAUCGGCGAUGAAUCAUUGUAUGUUUAUUUGAGUCCAUACCGUCGAUCUAAGGAAACAUUUGAAGGUAUUCAGGAGUCAAUUAAUAAACAAAUUAUUAACAUUCGUGAAGAUCCCCGGAUACGUGAACAGGAAUGGGGUAAUUUUAUGGAUCCGGAGAAGCGUCAACAUGAAUUAGAAGAACGAGAGAAGGUGGGAAGCUUUUUUUACAGGUUUAGAAAUGGUGAAUCAGGUGCUGAUGUAUAUGAUCGAUGUACACUGUUUUUGGAUACAAUUCAUCGUCAGUUGAGUAGUGGUUAUUAUGCUUCAACUGGAAAUAUUUUGAUUGUCAGUCAUGACAUAUUUAUACGAUUGUUUUUGAUGCGUUAUUUUCGAUGGACCACCGAGAGACAUCAUCAAACCAGGGAUUUGCGAAAUUGUGAAUUGUGUGUGUUGGAAGUGGAUCGAGUCUCGGGAUCGUAUGUAUUAAAAACAGAAUUGAGCGAAAAAAGACCGUCGAUUAUUAACUAUAAUCAAUUAGUUCUGGACGUUAACCUGAAAGAGUAG